AGAACAGUCAGCUGGGACUCUCCACGGAGGAGAGGGGCCGUGAGCAUCACCCACAUCCUCCACAGCUGCUCCUGACCCUUUUCCCUGCCCUGUGCCCAUCCCAGCUCCUCCAUCCGCUCUCUCCUCUGCUCUCCUCUCUUUCUCCUGGCAAGGAGGCCCGAGCUCCUCCGCAGCCGGAGGUUUCCCUGCCAGUGACAAUCGUGCUUUUGUUUUGCCUGGCUGCCAGAGGGGCAGGCAGGAAUUUGGCUGCCCAGAAAGCUGCCGGGAACCCUUUCUGCCACAAUUAAGCACCUGCUACAAGAGAGCAAAUAAGCCAAAUCAUGCGGCUGGCAAACAAGCUUUACGUGUUCCUUCCCCGUGACCCACUCCAAGAAGCAGAAUGCUCCAGGCUCUGCGGCUCGGCUGCUCGCAGCUCCCGGGCCGGGGAUUCUCCAGCUCCGCCGCCUCCUCCCGGUCCCGGUGCGGGCACCUCUGCCGCCUCCAGAGCGCUUCCCCCUCCCCAAAUUAGCAACUCCCUCUCUUUCUGCUAUGGAGAGACAAAUCCCCGUGCUGCGAGUUCGGUCCCAAUUAAUGGAUUCUGACAUGGAUUAUGAGAGGCCAAACGUAGAAACCAUCAAGUGCGUCGUGGUCGGGGACAACGCGGUGGGCAAGACCCGGCUCAUCUGUGCCCGCGCCUGCAACGCCACCUUGACCCAGUACCAGCUGCUGGCCACCCACGUGCCCACGGUGUGGGCCAUCGACCAGUACCGCGUCUGCCAGGAGGUGCUGGAGCGCUCCCGGGAUGUGGUAGACGAUGUCAGCGUGUCCUUGCGCCUCUGGGACACCUUUGGUGACCACCACAAGGACAGGCGCUUUGCCUACGGCAGGUCCGACGUCGUGGUUUUGUGCUUCUCCAUCGCCAACCCCAACUCCCUGCACCAUGUGAAGACCAUGUGGUACCCGGAGAUCAAGCACUUCUGUCCCCGUGCCCCCGUCAUCCUGGUGGGCUGCCAGCUCGACCUGCGCUACGCCGACCUCGAGGCCGUCAACCGGGCACGGCGACCCCUGGCCAGGCCAAUUAAACCUAAUGAGAUUCUUCCCCCGGAGAAGGGCAGGGAGGUGGCCAAGGAGUUGGGGAUCCCUUAUUACGAGACGAGCGUGGUGGCCCAGUUUGGCGUCAAGGACGUCUUUGACAACGCCAUCCGCGCCGCCCUCAUCUCCCGCCGCCACCUGCAGUUCUGGAAGUCCCACCUGCGCAACGUGCAGCGGCCCCUGCUCCAAGCCCCCUUCCUACCCCCCAAACCCCCUCCUCCCAUCAUCAUUGUCCCAGACCCCCCUUCCAACAACGAGGAGCGUCCAGCCCACCUCCUGGAGGACCCCCUGUGCGCGGACGUCAUCCUGGUGCUGCAAGAGAAGAUCAAAAUCUACGCACACAAGAUCUACCUCUCCACCUCCUCCUCCAAGUUCUACGACCUGUUCCUCAUGGACCUGAGCGAGGAGGACCAGCAGAGCACGGCGGGGCACGGCUUCGGGGCGGUCACCGCGGCCGCCGAGCGGGUGCUGCACCAGGAGGAGAGGCACCACGGGCGGGAUUUCCUCCUGCGGGCAGCCAGCUUCGACAUCUGCGAGAGCGCCGAGGAGGCCGGACCCGGCCAGCGCAAACCGUGCCUUAGAGCCUCCACCAGUGACGGGAUCCUGCGGGGAAACCGCUACGAGAACGGCGAGCGCGGGCUGCGCCGGGGCCGCAACCUCUCCUCGUGGAGCCGAGCCUUCAGCAGCAUCCAGGAGGAGAUGGCCGAGGAUCCGCUGACCUACAAGUCCAAGCUGAUGGUGGUGGUGAAGAUGGACGCGUCCAUCCAGCCGGGGCCGUUCCGCGCCGUGCUGAAAUACCUGUACACGGGAGAGCUGGACGAGAACGAGCGGGACCUCAUGCACAUCGCUCACAUCGCCGAGCUGCUCGAGGUGUUCGACCUGCGCAUGAUGGUGGCCAACAUCCUCAACAACGAGGCGUUCAUGAACCAGGAGAUCACCAAAGCCUUCCACGUCCGCAGGACCAACCGGGUGAAGGAAUGCCUGGCCAAGGGGACUUUCUCAGAUGUCACCUUCGUGCUGGAUGACGGUGCUAUCAGUGCCCACAAGCCCCUGCUCAUCUCCAGCUGCGACUGGAUGGCCGCGAUGUUCGGCGGCCCCUUCGUGGAGAGCUCCACCAACGAGGUGGCACUUCCUCACACCAGCAAGAGCUGCAUGCGGGCGGUGCUGGAGUACCUGUACACGGGGCAGUUCAGCUCCAGCCCCGACCUGGACGACAUGAAGCUCAUCAUCCUCGCCAACCGCCUCUGCCUGCCGCACCUGGUGGCUCUCACAGAGCAGUACACGGUGACCGGGCUGAUGGAGGCGGCGCAGAUGAUGGUGGACAUCGACGGGGACGUGCUCGUGUUCCUGGAGCUGGCUCAGUUCCACUGCGCUUACCAGCUCGCCGACUGGUGCCUGCACCACAUCUGCACCAACUACAACAACGUCUGCCGCAAGUUCCCCCGCGACAUGAAGGCCAUGUCGGGAGAGAACCAGGAGUACUUCGAGAAGCACCGCUGGCCGCCGGUGUGGUACCUGAAGGAGGAGGAUCACUACCAGCGGGCGAAGAAGGAGCGGGAGAAGGAAGACUACCUCCACCUCAAACGGCAGCCCAAGAGGCGCUGGCUCUUCUGGAACGCCUCCUCCUCCCCUUCUUCCUCUCCUUCAUCGUCGGCAGCCACAGCCUCCUCUUCCUCCUCCUCCUCCUCCUCCUCGGCUGUGGUUUGAGAGCCCCGUGCUUGCCCUGGCUCCAGCGAGACGGGGAGGAGGAGGAGGAGGAGGAGGAGGAAGGGUGGGAUGCCCUGCCCCAGCGCCAGGCGUGGAGAGGCACAAACACCACAGUGGAGGCGGUGGCCACUGGAGAGGGGCUUGUGGCUACUGUGGAGGGGACUUGUGGCUACUGGAAUGGGGCUUGUGGCUACUAUGAAGGGGCUGGUGGCCACUGGAGAAGGGGUGGUGGCUACUGGAGAGCACUCAUGGCCACUGGGGAGGGGCUGGUGGCUACUGGAGAGAGGCUUGUGGCUACUGGAGAGCACUCGUGGCCACUGUGGAGGGGCUGGUGGCCACUGGAGAGGGGCUGGUGGCCACUGGGGAAGGGCUGGUGGCCACUGGGGAGGGGCUCAGGGCCAGCCCCGUUGCUCCUGGAGCCCUGCUGGCCCCGCAGAGCCCGAGCAGCAGGAGGAACUCUGCGUUUACAGGAGCACGAGGGCUGCGCCGUGGUUUCAUUUGGGAGUUUUUGUUGGUUUUGUUUUUUGCGGGGGCAGCGCGAGGGAAGAAGGCAAAGGAGAAGAGGAAACGCGUCCUGCUCCCGUUUGGAUCUGGAACCACAAGCUCUGGGAUGUGGUUUGGGUGUCUGAUGGCAUCUCAGCACCUGGAGCCACCCUGGGGGUCCUGCAGCCCCCUUUGGCUCACAGCAGGGUCAGGCACAGGGCUGGGGACCCCGGUCCCCAAACGCCUCCAGGCACUGCAGAAUUUCCCCUCCAAGUGGGGUCAGUCCUCACUCAGGGCACGGAGGGGAUCUCACUCCUCUCCUCCCUGUUCUUAACUCUUCACUUUUAUUCAUACAGAAAACUUAAAGCAAAAAAAAAAACCAAAAAAAAAAAACCCCAACCCAAUCCCAAACCCUCAACCUGCCACAGCAGAAACCAACCCCGAGCCCUGGGCUUGGGAUUUCAGCCUGGAAGGCUCCAUUGUAAUAAAUGGUAUUUUAAAAGCC